UAGCGUCGCCGAGGCGAAUCCAUGGCGGAUAGCGGCGCUCCUUCGCCCGCUCCUCGAUGCUUGUCUCCCUCCUCUCGUUCGCGUCGCCGUUUUCGCCGGGCGGAGGUGGCUGCUGAAGGGGCGUGUCGUCGUCUUCGCGGGGCGGAGGUGGCUGCUGAUGGGGCGUGCCGUCGUGUUCGCCCGGUGGAGGUGGGGGCUGAUGGGGUGUGCCUUCGUGUUCGCCCGGUGGAGGUACACGCUCCGCCGCUCUCUGUUGGUGGGUUGACGCCGCAGUCGCCGGAGGAGGUGGGAACGGAGAUGGGGAACAGCGCUGUUCGUGCUCCUCGACGUUCAUCUGCGAAGAGGUCGGCGAAUCUCGAGCGCGCAAGUCAAGUUCGUCGGAUGCGAGAUGGUGGUCAUACUGGGAGAAGAUUUGGUGAUGAAUUGUCCCCAGGGAUUUCAAAACGCGUGGUUUCAUCAGAUUAUGAUGCUGAUUUUGGGUUGUCACAUGUGGAUAGCUUUGGGAAUAGCUUAUCAUCUAGUGAUAAAGCAUGUGACCGGAAGAACCUACCUCCUGGCUCAAGCGGGUGAUUGUGCUCAAGGAUUAGUUGUACGGUACACUGACACCACAGCUAUCGAGAAGCCAACAGCAUAUGAAUACACGUUCAAGAAGUUCUGAGCUUCCUCUCUUGAUUGAAAUUCCAUCCCUUUCACU